AUGUCAAACGAAGUCGUGACCAACAGAUCCGUCACUUAUGUUAACAAUACAACACCCGCCACAAUUACAUCUUCGGAGCUGGACUUGUCAUCCUGUUAUCAAGAAGACGAAAUUGUGAUUGAAAUUCACGCUGCUGCCUUAAACCCAGUUGAUUUCAUCACGCAUCAGCUUUGUAAUUCAUAUAUAUUCGGGAAGUAUCCUAAGACUUAUUCAAGAGAUUACAGUGGAGUAAUCGUGAAGGUGGGAAAAAAUGUCGAUAACCACUGGAAAGUUGGAGACAAGGUCAACGGUAUGUAUGGACAUCUCUAUGGCGAACGUGGUACUUUGUCACAUUAUUUGAUACUCAAUCCUGCUAAGGACGUCCCCAUUACACAUAUGGUGGAGGUUCCAAAAGACGAAAAUGAUCCAUAUGACGACUUUACGUAUGCUGCCGCCUGGCCUUUAACUUUUGGUACUGCCUUUUCUGUACUGCAUGAUUUUAAGAAAGAUUGGAAUUCUGGCUCAAAAGUCCUGGUUAUUGGCGCCUCAACAUCUGUGGCAUAUGCUUUCAUCCAUAUUGCUAAGAACUACUUCAAUAUUGGCACUGUCGUUGGCGUUUGUAGCAAAAAUUCCAUCGAACGCAACAAGAAGUUAGGAUAUGAUUACUUAGUUCCGUACGAUGAGGGAACCAUCGUUGACAACGUUGGAAAAUUGAAAGAAAGCGAAUUGGAGAAUGAAAAAUUUGAUAUGAUUUUUGAUUCAGUCGGUAAUCAUGAUUUCUUCCCCGUUAUCGACCACUUCUUGAAGCCAAAAGCAGAAGAUUCCUUUUACGUCACCAUUGCAGGAAACAACAAAUACAAUUAUAAAAAUAUUACUUGGAGAGAAUUCGUAUCUUUGAGGACUAUCUUAAUGGUUCUUAACCCAUUCAAGAAGUACAACUGGCGGUUUGGUAAGCCAUCACCUUCCAACAACUUCAUCGAAGUCGGUAAUGAAAUGAUCAAAAAGGGUACCUAUAAGCCACCUAUUGAUUCCGUUUUCGAGUUUGAAAAAUAUCAAGAUGCUCUUGAAAGAAUAAUGUCGAAUAGGGCUAAGGGCAAAGUAGUUGUGAGGAUGAAAUGA